AUGGAACACGACGACUUUGACACCGAGGACAAAGAGACACUAAACUGGGAUAUUAAUGACAUGAAACUGCCUCAGAACGUGAAGAGGACCGACUGGUUCCAGGAGUGGCCAGACUCCUACGUGAAGCACAUCUACAGCUCGGAGGACAGGAGCGCACAGCGGCACCUGAGCAGCUGGGCGAUGCGCAACACGAAUAACCACAACUCCCGCAUCCUCAAGAAAUCCUGCCUGGGCGUGGUGGUGUGCAGCCGUGACUGCUCCACCGAGGAGGGGCGCAAGAUCUACUUGAGGCCUGCCAUCUGCGACAAAGCCCGGCAGAAGCAGCAGCGAAAGUGCUGUCCCAACUGCAAUGGACCUCUGAAGCUAAUUCCCUGCCGAGGCCACGGGGGCUUCCCAGUCACCAACUUCUGGAGGCAUGAUGGACGCUUUAUAUUUUUCCAGUCAAAGGGAGAGCACGAUCAUCCAAAGCCAGAAACCAAGCUAGAAGCAGAGGCAAGAAGAGCAAUGAAGAAAGUGCACAUGGCAUCUGCCUCCAGCUCCUUAAAGCUGAAGGGGACCCCAGAUACAAAGUCUCUUCCAGGUGAAACACAAAGUCAGGGAAGUUUACCUUUAACCUGGUCAUUCCAGGAAGGCGUCCAGUUGCCUGGUAGUUACAGUGGACCUUCAAUAGCUAACGCUCCCCAGCAGAACUCGCUGAGUGAUUGCUUGUCCUUCUCCAAGAGUUAUGAUUUGGGGGAAACCAAUGACUUAGCAGACCCGACUUCCACCUUGGACUCUACUAAACUCUAUGAAAAAUGCAAAUCGUCUAAUAGUAAGAUCUACAAUAAUGGAGACGUGUUUCAGCCUUCUGCCUCUGGAGUCUACUCAGAUUACAAUGAUCUUCAAGCCUGGCAUAAAAACGCUUCUUUGGGCAGAAACCCUAUUAAUGACAACUGUUGUCCUAGUUACCCCUUUCCUCUGACCAGCUGGGCUUGUGACUUCUAUCCUUCCCAGAACUCUUUGGAGCCCUGUCCCCAGCAGAUUCCAUUGGAACCACUUGCAGCUCAAACUAGCUGUCAUACCGUGUGGCCAAAUUCGGGAGGUGAUUUUUAUGAGGAGAAAGUGCCCGUGGAUUUCAACGGCUAUAUGCCUUCCCUUACAUACCACGGGACUCCACAAGACCCCUUUGUGCUCAGUUACAGCUCCCACCCUCAUCAACAGUAUCCACUGCCGGCCAAGAGCAGCAAGUGGGAUUUUGAAGAGGAAAUGACGUGCAUGGGUUUGGAUCACUUCAACAACGAAAUGCUUCUAAACCUCUGUCCUUUAAGAUGA